AUUACAUUUAUUGAGCUAUGUUUUGACCAAAAGACCAUACCAGAAGAAGAAAAAGAAGACCCAAAGACUGUUUAUGACUCGAAAAUCACCGGUUCAUUUAACUGUUGAGAAAGAUCAAUCUGUCCACCUACAUAUGUCCCCUGGAAAAUCAAAGAUAAGAACAUCAAGUCCUAAGAGAGCAGCCAACAAGAGGUCCUCCUCGCCGGCUAAAGAAAAGCCUUGGAUACCAGCGCCAUGUAAAACGAGUAAGAACAAGUACACAUGGGCGGGGAGCAAGGCAAAGUUGGAUAUAACGUCACCAUUGAUUGCACCAAAUGAGUCCCAUGCUAGUAGUAUCAUAAUACAAGUUGAUUCUGACGCUGGUCUUGAAGAGCCUACUUUACUGGACAAAACAGAUAACUACAGAGACAGGGUACAUGAUCUCACUGCAGCUGAAGUAGACCUCUUUAAAACAAAGACGGAUCUGCAAUAUAUGCGUGGGGAUCUGAACGCAUCGUUAACUGAAACAUGGAAGAGAGAAAAGGAGAUUGAUAUAAUUCAGGAGGAUUUGUUCCACACUGAGCUAGAAAAUGAAAGACUUCGGAACUCCAUCAAAAAUUUGGCUGACACCGACAUGGUGCAAAGGAGAUCACAGUCCAGACUACAAGAAGAACGCGAGGCUCUGUUGAAGAGACUGGUACAAGCUGAGGCUGACUCAAUGACUGCUAAACGAGAACUGUCACUUCUUCACAGCAAUAUUCGUCAGAUUAAAGCUGAGAAAGAUAUUUGCCGAGAAGAUACCGAUAAGUUGGCCAGUCAGCGCGAAGUAUUACUUAUUAAGUGUGCCGAGGCUGAGGACAAUAACCGGGCACUUAGAUCCGAGCUCAGGGAAAAUCAACUUAAACUGCAAGACACGGGUAAACUAAAGGAACAGCACGAGAAAGUUCUAGAUCGCCUCACUCAAUCGGACGCAGCCAACACAGACCUGAGAUCCUCGCUGCUUGACAUGGACAAACAGAUAUCCCAGUUAUCACGCCAAGUAGCAGCCGAGAAAGAAGAGGCGGAAGCCUACAAACAUCUCCAGAAAACUAGCGAGAUGUCGCGCUCACGCGCAGAGGAGCAGCUCCAGACCAGCAUGGGGGUGAAUACUCGUCUGGAGAGGAAGAUAGGGGCUUUAGAAGGGGAUAUCGAGUUGGAGAAGAAGGAACACGUGCAUUUAAAGGGACUAUAUGCGGGGUACAAAGAGAAAGCGCAUGCGGAAAAAGAGGCAUUGAGGGAGAAGGUUCGUGCUUACCGGGAAAGGGCUCUGCGAAGUGAAGAAGCGCUUGAAUCUGUAUCAGCUCAACUUGAGACCAAGAGGAACCAAAUAAAAGAUCAAGAAGCAAAAGAAGAAGCCUUAAUAAAACGAGUGGAUAAUCUUACAGUCGAUGAAGUAGAAAUGGGAGAGGCUAUUGAUACUCUGAAGAGGAAGCUCUUUUUGGCAGAAGAACAAGCAGCUGAAAUGGAAGAUGAAUUGAAAACGGAGAAAUCAAAGUUGAAGGCUACAAAGAGCAGCUCGGAUAAGGAAGUAGCCAGGCUAACGGCCAAAUGUAAACAACUGAAGGUAUCUGUUGACAGUUUAAACGAUAAAUUAGCAGAAAAAGAGGAAGAAGUUGUAGUGGCUGCCGCCUCAAACAAUGCUGAAGCGGAGCGUCUUGCACAAGAAGCAGAAUUCUUUAAGGAGAGAUUGAGGGAAGCGGAGGAACUAUUGAAUAGAUAUAAGACAGACAACAUGAUGCUUCAUCAGCGAGUCGAGAUGGCUGAAAGAGAUAGGGGCGCCUCGGAGCAUGGCAACUACGUAGAACUUGAGAAGGUGCGAGAAGAAUACCAAGAAAAGUUAAACGAACUAUCCCAAUACCCGGAGAAGUUGAGUUCAGCAGAGGCUCGAUACCAACACGCAGAGGCACAAUCAGAGGCACUAAAUUCUCAGCUAGCUGAUAAAAACCAGACUGUUGAGGAGCUACAGAAAAAGAUAGAUUUGUUCCAGGGUCAGAUUGGAAAACUAAAGACGAAAAUACAUGCUGUGAACGAGGAUAAUAUCGAGUUAUCAAACAAAUCUCAGAGUCACGAGAGGAAAGUUCUGGAAGCUGAUUUACACAACAAAAAUCUAAUGGAUCUGGUAUCUAAGAAGGACGAUGCGGUCGAGGCACAUCAGCCUUCAGUGGAUGAGCAGCUUGCAAACCUGCCCCCUCCUCCUGCCUCCCCCAGCACUGAUAACAACAUGUCAGAGCCAGAGAAGGGGAUGGAGGAGAGUGGGAGUGAGACUGGAAGUGACUCGGAGAGUGAAAGUGAGGAGGAAAUUGAUUGGAGUGAGAUGCUGAAGAGCGCUGAACAGAACAGAGAGCGUCUCGGGCUGGAUGAAGUGAGUGACGGCGAGAGCACUGAGGAUGAGAAUGGAAACAGGGUUCCCAAGAAGAAGGAGCAGAACGGGCUCACCACCGAGGACUACAUGCAAAGGAUGGCCACCAACCAACUCAUGGGGUAUGAUGAGUUCGGAAGACCGAUGAAUGGCAAGUAUAACGGAGCUAUGGGCGGAAUGAGUGGAAGGAAGGGAAUGAAGAAUAGAGCUAUGUUGUUUGGAAUGGAUGGAGGUAAACGGAACACUAAGUCUGGUUCUAAUAACAAAGGAGCUGGCAGAAAGGACCGAUCUGGGAGAUCAGGGGGUCGAAGGGCCAAGAAAGGAGGCACCAGCAUGGCCCUGCUAGGAUUCUAAUCAGAUUUUAUACCACAUUGUUGAUAUGGUACCAAGUUCGCCAAAUUUCCUGUCAAAAAAUACUACAUAUAUUCUACAAUACAUCUUCCUAAGAAGACCUAUUUUAAAAAGUGCAUGUUCAAGGCUGUAACACGUGCUGGGAUCGCGUUGGAACUCACUCUGUAUUAUUCUCAUGUUGCUGAAAUUCCUGUCUCAUACAUGUGUUCCCUACAUCAUCCUACAUCAUCCUACUUGUACUGCUGAGAAUACCUACAAAACCCCCCUCUACUGACAAGACCUUUUUUCAUUGCCACAAGAUACGGGGCACCCUAAAGAUAUUUGGAUCCUCAAUUUUUACUCCACUUCAGCUGGACAGUGAUGACGAACAGUAUGAUGAACCAGCUUUUUUACGUUAUAAUAAUUUAUGUUGAUUUGAUUUUUGUAGUAUUGUAACCAUGGAUAUAUUACACAGUAAAAUUAUAUGAGUGUAGUAAAACUGUGACAAACUUAUGAAAUGGGUCUGACGGUCUGUUGUUGUGUGUUCCCGAUGUCGAAAUAUUUUUCGAGAUUGGCUUCCAGUAUUUUAUUUUCCCGUCAUUAAUGUUGGCAACCUGGCUUCAAUUUGAAUAAUUCCGUGUGUACGAAAUGGCAAGUUUACGAAAUUGCUCUGUACACAACUAACAGCAACAAUAGACCUAUUCCUUCAGUGUUCUAAGUUUGUCGCAGUACGGGUGAAGUUGAAACGUUUUCAGAUCGAUCGUUUCAAAUUUUCGAUUCUUUUAAAAAGACAGAAUAUAAUAUAUCGAAUUAUAACACAGUACAAAGUUUUAUAUCAAUGAUUUAUAGAUUUAAUGACACGCCAUAGGACAUAUUAUAUAUAAUAUGAUUAAAAUAUAUUAAGUAUUUAAGAUUUACUUUAGAUAUUAUACAAUUAGUUCAUGUUGACAGAGGAUAAAUAAAGGUUCAUGGUUGAAGUACUUUGACACGGCCGUUUUCCCCCCCUUUUUAUUCGCUGCUAAUUAUGUUUUUAAUGUGCAACUAAAAAUUUUGAAAUGCGUUAGUCUGCGUUAAUUGAUUGAAAAUUCAAAUUUAUAAUUAAUUUUAUCCUCUAA